AUGUCCAAGAUUGCUUGCUCUGACAGUAGAUACACCUACUAUCGUGAGAUUAGGAAUGGAUCUCUUCAGACAAUUGAUGUGCAUGAAAUUAUUGUAGCAAGGAGUAAUGGAAGGAUUAUCUUCUUAUGUGCCUCCAUCCUUCUAUUACUUCUACACGUCAGUAAUUUAGCGUAUCUUAUGAAUGUAAGUAGUAAAUCCUUGUGAAGUUCUCAUUUCCUUACAUUCCACAUUUAUGUUUUUGGAUUAUUUUCCUGAAAAAAGUAUUUCAUUUGCUGGUCUAUUGAUUUGUCAUUUUCUGUUAUUUAACAAUACGUUUUUCUUAUGCAUUUACCAUCUUUAUUUACCUAGAGACUGUUACUUUUUUCUCUUUCUUUGCUACCCCAGCAGGAAAGCCAAGUCAUCUAUAUUGUUGGGGCUCUACUCCUAUCAAUAUUAGUUAUAAUAUCAUCUCAAUUAAGAGUAGUUCAGAAAGGUACACAGUUGGUUUCGUUGAUGAGUGCCUUUGUUUGCUUUCCCCGCUGCUCAUCGGAUUCAUUUGCCAUUUCUUCUAGAUAAUCGUUCAUAACUGUAACGGCAGAGGUUAUGUUCAUUCUUUACUAUUAUGUUUCCUUUAUGCUGCUUCCCUCGACGCUCAUGCUGAUGAAGGGGGGGAUGGGUUGCUUGUGCAUGUUGACAAAGUAGGAGCUUUAGAGUGUAGAUUAAUAAUAUACCUAAUCUCGCAUAUUGUUCGCCUUUUUUACUAUAUCAGAAGUUAAAAUAGUUGUUGCUGUCACUUGUGACAGCCUAAAAAGUUUCAGUCCCGUAUUUAUUAUUACAUGAUAUAAUUCUUUUGCAUGUCCGCGGUGAUAUAUCUGUAAGUGUUGUCUCUGCUAUCUCUCAAAUCUGUUUAUUAGAAAAGAAAGUGCUCACUAAGGCUCUUUUCCUGCGCUGCUGCAUGUUGUUCCUUCAAUAGUUGAAGAUAAUUUGAAGAUAAUGCUUUAAUGAUAAUAGGUGAAUGAAUUUUCAUCAUACACUAGAAUGAUUUAAUGAUAUCAUAUUUAAACGUUUCCUGCAGAACGUGUUGUCAUUAUGCCAGCAUUUGGGGUUCAACUCGAGACUUAUUAUUGGAGGUAUCUUUUAACUCAAUUAUAAUCGAGUUUUUUCCGGUGGGAGUUUUACUUUUGUCGCAUACAACUAUGAUUCUAUUUCUCAAUCGAAAUAGACAAACUGCUCACAAUUCUCUCGCAUCAUUUUAGUGAUCCAAGUCACAGGAGUUAAAAACUUGUACUGUGAUGACACGCCAAUCAGCUUGAAGAAGUGCGUUCGCUGGAAUUGUAUAUAUCUUCUUCGAGUAAACGAUGAACUAUCCUAGAAUAAGGAGUUGAUUCGAAUGUUCACAUUUCUUUUUUCUGGGUAAACAAAAGAAGUUUUUUUUCACGCUUUUGUGAUCUUUAAGAGUCAACUUUUAAUUUGAAGAGUAGCACCCAUUCAAAGUUGUGUUCUAGAUUUUCUUCCUCUGAUAUAUCUCUUCCGAAUUUCUUCUGGUAAGUAACAUGUUUCUUUUAGAUUCCAGCCUGAGCAUGCAGUUUGCAAUGGGCAUAUGAUGUGUGACAUCACUUCAAAAACAAGAAAAGCAAUUUUUUUUUUACCUAGGUAGCUUGAAAUGUAAAAACGUGGACUACAAACAUUUGAAGGCCCAAAAUGACUUUGAGCGCCAUAUUCAAUCAGUUAGGCACCAAACCGCGUGGAAAAUGGGUUAGAUUUGUAGGGUUUAAAAUUUUCUACUUUCUAUUCACUUAAAUCUUAUUUUUUUUCAAAUAAUCCGAAUUUUAAGAACAGUUAGAACGGAUUUUGGCCUAUUUAAAAGCUGGAAAGCUGUAAUUUCAGGGGAGGGAUCAAUAAUAUCAUUAUCUUUCUGUUUGAGAGAUUUCUAUAUGCUUGUAGAUUCAGGCAACCUUUGUGGAUUUAAGGGCGUUUCUGAUCCUUGUGGAUUUUCGAGGAUCCUUCAAAAUCAAUUCUUGUGGAUUCAAAGAUAGGGAAAAUUCGUGCCAUAUGGAUUCCCGGCCUAAUUUUCAUUCUUCUGCCUGCAAAUUUCGUGCCUUGUGGAUUCUAGGCCCGAUUUCUACUAUUCCUGUAACAUUUGCUGGGUUAGUAUGAGGUUGGAAAAACCUAAUUAGUGCAAUCCAACCAUCCAUUGUUUGCUAUUUUGAAACACAUUAGUCAAUUUUCUUAGUUCUAUCUCAACUUAUGGUGAUGAUUCUUCCACACACAAAGUCCGACUGGACCUUUUGGGAAAGGAGAAGAACAGUUCCUGGGCGACCAUUUGGGCUGCUGGAAGUGAAGGAGAUUCAUAUUGAUGGGUAGAGCAUAUGAUUAAUAAGAAGAGAAUAUGAUGAUAAUGAUGAUAACAAUGGCGAAAUAUGAUCUCGUAUCCUUCUAUUUCUGUAAAUUUUCCAACAGAGACAAAUGCAUGUUGAGUGAAAAAUUUAGUAACAUUUUCCUCCUCUCAUUUGGUUUACUGCCCAUUCUAUGGGUUUUCUUUUUGUGCUACUAUGGAGUAAUAAUCCUUAUUAUAUGUGCAAUUAUCAUCUUCUGUUUGUGCACAAAUUCUGAGUCCCAUUGUUUGAUCUCAUAUCCUCGACAGAUAGCCAUCUGGGUUCCUAGAAUCAUCAGAGAAUCUUGCAAUAUCUUAUUAUUUACUCUGCUGGGGGCAAUUUAAUUCUUCUUCUUACCAUUUUUAUUACGUGAUUUUUCGUUUUUUCUAUUUUUUUUUCCUCAAUGGCGAUCCUUAUUUUGGCAAUUUCUUGAAGUGGGAGAGUCUCCAGGCGCCUGCUCUCGGUAGGGAAGAUCCUGAGGCCCGUGCUGAAUGAGAUUGUGACUCCGGUGAGGUGCUACUGGAGCUUGGCUCUGGUAUUGGAUGGGCACGAGGAGCUGAUGCCAGUCUUUCAGGUGGGACCCACAAAAAAAACAAUUUUAUUUGGGGAAUGCAUUAUGGGGGAAAAUGGCCAUGUUUAUGAAGGAAGGGUGUUUGGUGGUAUGCUGCAGGAGUCACAGCCCCCCGUCAAGAUGUUGGCACCUAUCUGGAAGGCAUUAUGCGCCGCCACCGGCGGUGAGGAAUGA